AUGGUCUCGACCGCGUCGCCGUCGCAGCACCUGCGGCUGGCGCUGCAGCACGGCGCGGACGUGAGCAUGAGCGUGCGCGAGCUGGACGCGCUGCUGGCGCUGCUGGCGGAGAAACGGCGCAAGGCGGAGCAGGAGGAGGCGGAGAUGAACAUGGAUAUCCUCCUCGAUUUUUUACAGCGGUCGCGGCAGAAGAAGCAAGCGGAACUGGACGAGGUUCGUACUGCGCGCACAGCAGCACAUGCGUGCAGUCCGCUCAUCCUCCUUCCCCCUGGUCUCUCCCGACGUCCGCGGUUCCCUCCCCAUUUCCAGCUCCGCGCGGACCUUCUGUUCAUCCGCAAGGACAUAGCGGCGCUCCGCGCGGACCUUCUCUUCAUCCGUGAGGACAUAGCGGCGGUGGAGCAGCGGCGGCGCGCGCUGCAGCAGAUGCGCGAGCAGUCCGCCGCCGCCAUCCACGCGCUGCUCUUCCGCGGAGGCGCGUCUUCCGCGGGCGCGGGGGGAGACGAAACGGGGUUCGGCUCCGGGGGACUGGCGGGGCUGAAGGCGGGCGCGGGGGGAGGGCUAGCGGGGAGCAAGCGGAGAGGGGGGCCCGCACUCGCGCACCACCUGCAGCAGACCGCGCAGAAGAUGCGCAUUCAGGGGGAUGGGCGGGGGAUAGGCGGAGGAGGUGUGGGGACGGUGAAGGAGGAGGCGGAAGGGGAGGGGGGAGGGGAAGGGGGAGGGCUGGUCGCGUGUGGGCCGUCGGAUAUUGCCAUGUCCGCAUCAACGGUUGCCAAGAAACGACGCGUUUUUUCCCAUGUAGUUCGACGACCUACAGGAGUGCUACCUUUCGACGACCUGCAGGAGUGCUACCUGCACCACCGCCGCCAGGCAGCGCACUCCGCCAAGCCCGCGGGAGCAGCAGGAGGAGCAUCCGCAGCAUCACAAGCAGCAGCAGCAGCAGCAGAGGCGGGAAGGCGUGGAGACCGGUCAGCAGCAGGAGCAGGAGAGGGCGGGGCGGUAGGGCAGGUGGACCUGGGCAUGGGCCUGGAGGACUUCCGGCAGGUGUUAGCAGCGUUCACGCGGUUCAGCCGUGUCAAGGUGGUGGCGGAGUUGCGGCAGGGGGAUUUGUUCCAUUCCUCCAACAUUGUCUCGAGUAUUGAGUUCGACCGCGACGACGAGUUCUUUGCCACGGCGGGCGUGUCGAGGCGAAUCAAGGUCUUCAACUUCUCGCAGGUCAGUUACUUUGUGAGACGUCUCAAAACCACGUGUAGAAAGUAG